AUCAAUGUGUAAGUUCUUCCUGCUGCUUAAACCUUUGACACAUGUUUGAUAAGUAGCUGCAGUUUAAUACAAGUACAUGCGAGGUGUGUUCUAGCUGGAAGGCUGUCAAAGAUUCAAAUAUUCAAGCUUGACUGGUGGAAACUAUGGAUGUCACACCAGGAAACUGCUGGCGCUGUAUGAAACCCCUGCCAGAGGGUCCGGUGACAUGUGAUCGUUGCCCACAGGCCAAGUACUGCAGUGAUCAGUGCCAAGAGCAAGACAGGGUCAGGCAUGGCGCCGUGGAGUGCCAGAUGUUUGGGCCCAAAAGUUGCAGUUAUUGCAAGAAAACGGGGGAAAUGAAACAGUGCGCAGGAUGCAACAACGCAUGGUACUGCAAUGGCACAUGCCAACGGAAGAGCUGGGCAGCCCAUAAAGAGGUAUGCCAAGACAUCCAAGCAAUGAUUGCUGGUCUUUCUCUUGAACUGACUAAUAAGUAUACUGAUCUUGCAAAACGAGAUGUUACCCACACACGGGAGACAUUCCUAGAUCCCCCUUAUUACUUUGGCAACACGAUGGCAUGCGAUUUCCUUCAGCUUGGGCAGAAUGAAUGGGCAGACGGAAUCAGGGCAGACGAGACAAUGUGUGACUUCCACAUCCUUUCAGCAGGGUGUGGAGAUCUGCGACACACAGUGCUGACGGCUGCCUCCUUGCCUGCAGAGUACCAGGGAAAAGUUCAUAUUGUGCUCAAUGACUUGGACCCUUAUGUCAUGGCCAGGAAUGUCCUGUUCCUUUACAUGCUGAUUCAGCACAAAGACAGGGAAGGCAUUGCCGCCAGCCUAGCCACACUCUGGUACUCUCUGCACAUCUCCAAGUGUGACUACAACCUGACCAAAACAAGCCUGAGGAAACUCAUCCAAGCUGAUGCCAGGAGCAUUCAAGUAGCCACGAAGGGGUGUGUGUCCAUCAGCGACGAGGAUCUGGCCAAACUUCGUUAUGUCUGGAAAGGUUGGUACUCCCUCGAGUGCGAACGCAUCAAAAGCUCCUCGGUGAACCUUUCAAAGCAAAGACAGGCUGUCUUUGCAGAGAAUUUCUUCUUCAGCCAUGAAUUACAGCUCUACUAUGAAAGGCUCUCACCUAAGGAAGCCAAGAACUUAAAGACGUGGUUCCAGCGUGGCCUAUUUCUUGCUCAAGACAGCUCGGUUAGAAGUCUGCCAUUUGACAACCCAACCGUCACAGGAAGAAGACAACAAAUUGUAGGCGGAUAUAUGGAAGCCACUGACGAUUUUGUGUACUGCAUCCAACGCAAUCUCACUCCAUUCACAGCUUGGGACAGCCUGCAAGUGCAGGGGUCUGCAGGUGAAACAAUUUCUACUCCCACCGUCAUGUACCACAAAUAUGUGGAGAAGCAGCUGCAGAAAACUUCAACCCUCCUAGCCCAGGAUAGGCUCCACAUACACAUGCUGGUUUCUAGCUGCCUUGAAAUCCCACGUCAUCACCUGGCUCAGAAAAUGGCCAAGUUUGACCGCAUCUUCACAUCCAACCUGGCCGACUAUGUGGGCUUCCGCAAGCUUCUCCAAACUCUCAGGCCACUGAUGAAUCCAAACAAUAAGAAUGCCACGCUAGUUACCGAGACUAUGAAUUGGAUCCUAUACAUGCCAGAGGCAAACGUGUGGGAUGAACGUUCGGGGAGAGAUAUCAACGACUCCACCAAGACAACGAUGCAGCUAUGCAAAGAUGACACAGGGAAGGCGCUCUCCAGUCCGAUGGCUAUCAGCAACCAGAUUGAGUAUUUCAACAACACUCACUGGUUUUGUGCAUACCUACGGGCAAACAUGAUGGCCGGGGGCUUCCUUAUUUCAGAGCUGGACCACAUCCCGUCUCUCAAAGAGGCCAUGAAGUGUGAAGGGCUGCAGAUGCGUGACUUCCGGGAGGAACUCAACAAACUGGUGCCGUUCAAGUAUCGAGUGAAUGCCAGGAGCCUUACCUCUCCCACUGGUGCAGAGAGGGCACUGGAAUGGUACUUGCCUUCUGACCGCUAAGCUCUGGUAUAUCUCGUGCAUUCUGAUGGAGCGUCAAACCAUGCCAAUCAUCAAGAAGAAUGUUCAGACUUCAAUUGUGCAUCUGUACAUACUAAGUUAACUUUAAUACACCAUCCAUAUUUCAAUGGAAGCUGGGCGAAAUUUUUCACAAUAAGCAGUUGAAGUACGAAGACUGAUGAAUCCAACUGUAUCAAACAACUUCUUCUUUGUCCCGUACACCUCAAGCUCUGUCUGAAAACUUAUACAACUUCCAAUUAUGACAGUGGUGUGCUGUAAGCUAGAGGGUCACAGACAUUUUAGACUCUGGAGUUGGCUUCAUCAAUGGCAGUUUAUCAUCAUCAUAAUCUGGAACUGCAUGCUGCCAAGAAAGGUGAAUCUGUUCACCAUACUCAGCUUUGGUCCUUGACAGAUAAAUGCUGGACUUGUUGUUAUUGUUGUUGUUGUUGUUGUUGAGUCGCUACAUUAUGCCUUACCCAGGCUCUGGCACAUUGAAUGUAGCACUCUAGAUCCUCUUGCUUGCAGGACUCUGUCAGUAGAGGGCAGAUAAGGUGAUGUUCCAUUGUCUGAGGGGCAACUCUACAGUCAUAAAGGUCAUAUGAAUAUCAUUGUCGUAUCUCCACUUCUGCAUUAAGACUUUGCAUCUAACUCCAACCCAUAAUGCCGGAUGAGACAGAGCCAUCCUUGACUAUGGCUCAGUAGCUCCAGGUGGCAGGUUUCUGACAUGGUCUUUACUGGUCUAGAGUAACUCCAAGGUACACUGGCUUUGAGAUGUGAGACAGUUUCCUGCCAUAACAGUGGGCAUUAAGUUAUCUCUGUGAAUCCCUCCUCUUUAAGUGACAUGCACUACCUUGUGUUUUCUCUGGGUUGGCUA